GAAAUAUUAACGGUCUAUGGUUUUACAUGAAUCUCCAAAAACGUAAAAGGUGAUUAAAAACGGAAUACCCUGCAGUCAGUUUACAGAGAACGAGCACAGUUUGUCCACAGCCUGCGUAAAUCCCGUCAGAAUCACACCUCUCGCGAUAGGCAACUUGCAUUCAAGCCGUCCGUCCAACGACAGUAGAAGGAACAGAAAGGAUUGAUUUGAGGGGAAGAUGUCUCAGAAAGCAACAGCUGGGACCUCAUCACUCAUGGCCCUCCAUUCAGAUUCACAUAAGCAGAGCAUCCUGAGCAAAUUCGACAAGCUCAGGAAAAGAGACCUACUGUGCGACAUCACUCUUGUUGUGGAAAACGUGCACUUUAAGGCGCACAAAGCCCUGCUGGCAGCAAGCAGCGAGUACUUCUCCCUCAUGUUCAUGGCAGAAGAUCAGAUCAGUCAGUCGACCUACCGGCUGGAUGGCAUGGCAGCUGCGAUGUUUGCCUCAGUGCUGGAGUUCAUUUACAGCGCCCAGGUGUCUGUAGAGGAGAGCGCCACUGAGCAGCUUCUGGCCAUGGCUCACAUUAUGGAGGUAAACGAUCUUGUCAAGGUGCUCAAUGAAAUCACACACUCUGCUGCAGUGGUUAGAGGCAAGGGGGUAAAGGCUGACGUAACCAUAGUGCCAGAUCAGCCGAAACGCAAAAGAGGACGGCCAAAGAAAAAAGAACUUGUUACAGAGUUGGAGGGGACAAAUGCACCAUGUGAUAGUUUAGAGGAGGGACUGGCUGGAGAUACGAACUGUGAUUCUACAGUAACUGAGUCUAAAGACGAUGCAGAUUACAAGCCAGAAGACCACCAGAGCCGGCAGAGCAAACGCAAAAUCAGGCCACCUGUGAAAUACAAGAGCUACAAGGUGGUCAGUGACACAGCAGUAAGCAAAGAGCCUGGGAAGAAAGGCAGGAAAAGGAAAUACCCCAACACUGAGGCCCGCUGCGAAGACUGUGGCAAAGUUUUCAAAAAUCACCUCUUUUUAAAGAUUCACCAAAGGACUCAUACAGGAGAGAAGCCUUUUCAGUGCCUGGUUUGUGGAAAGGGUUUUACCCAGAAGCAUACUUUGCUGGUUCACCAGCACACGCACACUGGCGAAAAGCCAUUUGUCUGCACCGUAUGCUCCAAAGCACUCUCCACCAAACACUCCCUACAAGAGCACAUGAACCUCCAUAAAGAAGACAAAUCCUUCAGCUGUGAUAAAUGUGGAAAGACGUUCACUCAGAAGAGGCAACUUCGAAGCCAUUACAGAGUUCAUACAGGCAAAUCUUUGCCAGAAUGUGCUAAGUGUCAUCACAAGUUUAUGGACACAGCUCAGCUGAAAAAGCACCUGAGAACUCAUACAGGGGAGAAGCCUUUCACUUGUGAGAUUUGUGGAAAGUGUUUUUCAGCCAAAAGCACUCUGCAGACUCAUAUCAGAAUUCACAGAGGGGAGAAGCCAUACGACUGCAGCAUCUGCAACAAAUCCUUCUCAGACCCUAGUGCGAGACGCCGACAUGUCGCCUCCCACUCAGGGAAGAAACCCUUCACAUGCUCUUUCUGUGGCCUGUCGUUUACCCGCCUGGACAAUCUGAACACACACACCAAGUCUCACAACAAGGAGAGAGCUGCGACAACUAAAGUCUCAUUAGAUUCUCCGCAUGCCACAGAGCCACCAGAGGAGGAGGAGGUACACAACAUCCUGCAGCUGCAGCCGUACCAGCUGCCCUCCACCUCUGAACAGGAGAUCCAGCUGGUGGUGACGGGAGACGUGGACAACAUUAACUUUGCGCCGGGGCAGAACCAGGAGAUCAGCAUCAUCACCACCGAGGGGGAAGCGGCAGAAUCGUUACACUCCAGACUCACCCUCCUCACCCAGUCGUCGGGAAACGUGCAGAACGUGGCUUUGGUGACUCAGGGCGGUGUGGUGGACCAGAGCCCUCAGAUUCAGACUAUCAGUUUGCUGCAGGGCCAGAUGAACCACCAGCCGGAGCAGAUGCACGUUCUCACGCUCAGUAAAGAGGCGAUGGAGCAGCUACAGGCCCAGCACAAUGCCCCGCACACCCUUCAGAUAGCACAACGGGCGGGCCAGCAGCUGCAGGUGACGCACCAGCCCGUCCAGCAGCUCGCUGUGGGCAGGGAGCACACACACAGCCAGGCCAUUCACAUCAGCAGCGAGAGCAGCCAGCCCAUCUCCAUCAGCCAGACCAGCGAGCAGAUAUCCAGCCACCACAUCCAGGGACAGACGUUCCAGAUCCAGGCAGGGACCGUCUCCUACCUGUACACCACCGGGCUGCCGCAGGAGAGCUGAGGGUGGGCCAGAGCUGCCAAAUGAUAAUGCUGCUACGCCACAGUGUUUGGGUGGUGUGCAUGCGACGUGCCGACCUUGGCGCGGAGCAGCUUCCUCGUGGCGCUGCUCUCCGCCUGGCAGCAGGCCAACACCUUCCUGGCGGCCUCCAGCUCCUCCUGCAGGACAACCACCUCCUCCUCUGAUGUCAUCUUCACUCGGAGGGCCGCGCUGCGACAGCUAACCUCCCUCUGGGAACGAUGGAAAACGUUAUAAU